CACAAUCAGAGUGUAAUGGGUUUGACAUGUUUUGGUUUCAGAAAAAUCGAAAUCGCUCACCCUUCGCCAUAUUCGCAAAAUGUAAUACAGUCGAUAAAUUGUGCUUUUGUAUCUUCGCCAGCUGGAGAGUUCGCAGUGAUAUAAAGUUUUACCGUUAUUGCUGCGUGACCCCAUUUUAGGUCUGCGUCAGGAUGAAUGAGCUUCGUCACAAGCCGAAGGAAAAUUUCACAAGUUACGUGAAGGAGGGCUUCAACGAAAGUUUUGCCUCGGAUGAAUUCAAACCAAAAUUAUUGUCAGGAGAACUUGAGGCUGCCCGAGUUAACAAUGUAUGCAUGUACACAACACAUUGUAUUAAAGAUAAUAAAAAUAUCGACGAGAAAGAGGGUGCGAUCAUCAUUACCAACUUUCGCCUUUCCUUCCUGUGCAUUGAAAACGACUCUGAAGAGCUUUCAGCCUAUCAGAAAAAUACAUUCCUAGCCAAAUAUGAUGUGUCUUUGCUGAAUAUAGAUAAAAUAUAUCAAGUAACAGACAAGAAGAAGCGUGUUGUAAACCCGCAAUCAAAGAACAGCAGUAAGAUUGAGAUUAUCAAAAUCGUCUGUAAGAAUUUUAGAAUAUUUACAUUUGGAUUCAGGAAAGCCGGAGUAGGAAAGGGAAAGUAUGUUGCUGAUGCACUAGUAAAGUUUGCUUUCCCUGCAAAACACAGUCUCCUGUUCCUUUACAACUACAAAGAGAAGUAUUAUCAUUCGAGCCGAUCAGUAUGCAUGUACAAUAAAAAGUGUGAUUGGGCCAAUGAGUUGAAACGAUGUGGUGCAGAAUCCGGUUGGAGAGUGUUUUCCAAGGAUAACAUGGAAGUUAAGAGUACGCUUCCAAUGCAUUAUGUAAUACCUAAGCAUUUGACGGAUAUCGAAUACCUCAACAAUUCCAAGAGCUUUAGGAAUUGCCGUUGUGCAAUAUGGGUCUGGAGCAUUGAAAACGCUGCACUGGUACGGAUGGCCGAACUGAACCCGGAAAUUGCCAGCUCCACCAUUGAAAACACAAUGUUGGAGCACGUGCGCAGAUGUGACCCUUCGAAGAAAAUGAUACAUUUAAUGGAGCUCACUAAACUACUUCCCAGUAUUCAAGACGUAAACCUGAGUUACCUCAACUUGCGAAAACUAUGCAUACCAGAAAAUGAUCGAGAAUUUAUGCAACAAGAUUCCAGGUUCCAUUCACUACUCGACAAAACCUACUGGCUCUUGUAUGUAUCGCUUUGCCUGAAGCAAUCUGUUGAGGCUGCAAAAAUAUUGAUGAGUGGCCGCACCGUAGUGUUACAGGAAAUCAGUGGCCGUGAUAUGUGUAGCGUUAUAUCCAGCUUGGUACAGCUGUUGCUCGACAAUAGCUUCCGAACGAUCAACGGCUUUCAGACUCUGAUCCAGAAGGAAUGGGUCAACUUGGGGCACCCUUUCAGCGAUCGCAUCGGACAUGUCUACAACGGAAACACCAUCGAACGUAGUCCGCUAUUUUUACUCUUCUUGGACUGCGUUUGGCAAUUACUGCAACAGUUUCCUGAAGAAUUCGAGUUUUCCGAAACAUUUCUCACAAGCCUGUGGGACUCGGUGUUCCUUCCUAUAUUCGACACAUUCAUGUUCAAUUCGGAGACUGAACGGCAGAUUGCUCAACUGAACGAUCGCAUUAUCCUGAGGCCUGUGUGGGACUGGGGUGAACAGUUCAGCGACAGAGACAUAGCGCUGUUCGCCAAUCCAUUGUACAAAAAACCUCCGGACACAGAACACGGGCUAGAGAAGAAGCUGAGAUUACCACCGACGGCGUAUCGUCUUCCUUGUAUCGACGAUUUGAAGGACUCGGCAACGCAUCAUCAUUCAUCAGACACGAUUACAUCAGCACUAAGACCUUCCAGCAAACCGACUGAAACUCAGCAGCAGAACACUGCUUCGACUGCUUUCCUGGAACCGCAAUGCACCGUGAGGGACAUGGAGAUUUGGCACCAGUGCUACUUCCGUUGGAUACCAUUCCUAGAGAUAAAGAACGGUGGCUAUCCGCAGAUUGACCUGUUCAACAGAUCGGUGCUGAACAACAUAAGCAAAUUGAUGAAAGUGAUAAACACCGGAAACAUGACCGCUUCUAACGAAAACAUCCUGCUCGGUGGCAGCAGCGAAGAGAACUUGUUGAACAAAGAAGGUCCCAACGCGGCUGAUGAACUGGAUGGAGUUAAAAUACCCGUCAUCAACUCCUUCUUUCCGUUCACCAGCAAUGUUAGCAACACCGAAGAACUGCUGGACAUUCUGGUGACGAAUGGGGAGUUUUUACCCGAUGGGUCCAUUCUUGACUCUGCUUCGUUAAAUUACUAAUUGAUUUGCCUUUUACAGAGAGGCACGUUACGCGUCAUUACUGCAACUUCACGUUUUACACACGUGCAACUAGAAAAUCAAAGUCCAAACAUUGUUAUGCAGUUAAUUUUGAUAAAUAUUUUACUAUUUUAAAUGUAAAUAUUUAAAUCGCAGAACCAGUUAUGGAAAUAAAUUACUAUUACAGUCAA